CUGAUUCUUGCUCCUCGACGCUGAAGACCAUCUGCUCAAAAAAGCCAAGAACUUUUGAUUUUCUUCAGUGGCCUGUGAUGGUUGGGAGAUGUUGCGGCUGGUGGUGCUCUGUGUGUUUGUGGCCAUCUUCAGCUACGUUUCUGUGUCUGCAGAGGUUUGCACCAGCGCCUUCAUACCUGGAGCUAAAGGAGACCAAGGAGAGAUUGGAGAUGAUGGAGAUCAGGGGAAACUGGGGAAGAAUGGACCACCAGGACUUCUGGGAGUGCCGGGGGAGUCGGGCCUUAAAGGAGAAGUGGGCCACACAGGAAAGAUGGGGUCUACUGGAGACAGAGGUGACAAAGGUGAUAAAGGUUUGGAUGGACCAGCUGGUUUAAAAGGGAAAACAGGUACAACAUGUGACUGCGGCAGGUACAGGAAGGUGGUUGGACAGCUGGAUGUCAAUGUAGGGAAGCUGGGGAAUGCCGUCAAGUUUGUGAAGAAUGUGGUUCUAGGCUUGAGAGAAACAGAUGAGAAGUACUACCUGCUGGUGAAGGAGCCCAAGCGCUUUAGAGAGGCUUUAAUGAACUGCAAGUUAAGAGGAGGCACCCUAGCCAUGCCCAAAACCAGCAAUAUCAACCGUCUCAUGGCAGACUAUGUUAGUCAGGCAGGACUGACAAGAGUGUAUAUAGGAGUGCAGCCUCAAAUCAAGCACACGGAUGGAACAAGCAGUCAUGUUUAUGUGGACUCCAGCCCUCUGCAGGGUUUGGCAUCUUGGAGCCAAGAUGAGGAGCUACAGUCCAACACAAACUCCAGCUGUGUGGAGCUGCUCAGCACUGGAACAUGGGCUCAUGUGGAGUGUGAAGCCACCAUGUUUUUCAUCUGUGAGUUCCCAAAGAGCAGGAGAAGAGGAGGAGGAAGAGGGGCACCUGCCUCUGCAUCAUCAUGACCGCGAGCGCUGUACUGCACAUGUCAAGACAAUCAUCAGACUCCGGAGAAAACCAGUAAUAUUUCACACUUGCAAUAAAUAUGCAGACAAUUUCAGUUGUAUUUGUAGAAAUGCUUACUUUACUUUGUCUGACAUUUCACCUUGGUUUGCAGUCUCACAGAUAAAAAAUGUUUCUGGAAAUUGUCAAAUAAGCAUAUUGUGUCAUUGCCUCUAAACGAGUCUGUUUAGAGUCUGAAAAACCAUACAGCAUGUGCCCAUAGCAGGUGUUGUACUCAUUAGAUGGGAUCGGUUAUUAAUUAUUACAAGAUUGCUAAGGAUCAGAUAUUGAUUCAUAAGAUUAUAAUCACAUUCACAUAAAAUGCCUGAUCCAGCUCUUCUUGUUGAAAGAAGUUGAAUGCCCUAUGAUUCUGUUGACCUUUGAGAUGACCUUUUGAAAAAUGUGUCCUCCAUUUCCUCCACUGAUUUUCUUUUCUUUUUGCAGUCGUGGUGGUUUUCAUUAUUUGGGAAAAUGGGGAACUCACUUUUAAAGCAGUGUUUCCUAUUCUUUACCACUAUCAGUAUCAUUGGAAGGCUAUGACUACACUCAAAAAUCUAUAUCACAGGGUUCAAGAGGCUGGUUUAAGUAAUUAGAUUAAAGUAGAAUAUACUCAUGCUUAAGCACAUAAACAUGA